UAAAUCAGUAUAAAAGCGCCUCGCUUCGCUUACGAAAAUAUCAGUUUCUUCUACUGUUUGCACUAAUUAAUCUACAAACCAUGAAAGCUUUCACCAUCUUAUUCUUCGCUUUGGCUUUGGCCGCACCCGCUUUUGGUGAUGUGUUGAACCGUUGCUCUUUGGCUCGUGAGAUGUCCCGCUUGGGUGUGCCCAGAGAUCAAUUGGCACGUUGGGCUUGCAUCGCCGAACAUGAGAGUUCCUACCGCACUUAUGUCGUCGGUCCCACCAACUACAAUGGCUCCAACGAUUACGGUAUCUUCCAGAUCAACGAUUACUACUGGUGUCAACCUGCCGACGGUCGUUUCUCCUAUAACCAGUGUGACAUCAGUUGCGAUGAUUUGUUGACCAACGAUAUUGAGCCCUCUGUGCGUUGUGCUCAAAAGGUCCUACGCAUGCAAGGUUUUUCUGCCUGGUCCACCUGGCACUACUGCGACGGUCGAUUGGACAGCAUUGAUGAUUGUUUCUAA